AAUUGUCAUUUCAAUUCUAACAUGAACGAUGUCAUCAUCACUAAUUAUAUUGAAUCAUUAUCAUUAUCAAAACUCGCUACACUAAAAGCAACCGCUCGAUUUAGCACUCGACAUGAUCAAAGAUCACAACUAUCGUCCGACCGUCGUGCACGGAUCCUUGCAUAUGCUCAGCAGCUCAGACAUUGUAAUGACAACCGAUCACCGGAAAGGAAUACCACCAUAAACUCAAGAUCCAAACUACAUAAGAAAAGGAGAUGGCCUGCAAAGAUAAAAUCUUCAUUUGACCAAAUAUUUCAACGACACAUUGUGCAGAGGGGCUAUGAACGUAUUCUUACUGAAGAAUACAACGACGACAAUGAGUAUACACCCACUGAAAAAGUCAACAAAUCCAAACUCAGAACUUCUUACUUUUGUGUGAGAUUCAAGGCACUUCUUAAAGAGUUUUCUUGUGUUGGGAUAUUUAAGCAGCGGCGGAUGCAGGAAUCCCCGGCAGGAGGAGUGAAAGUGUAAAACAAUACAUACAAAUACAUAUAUAUUAAAAUUUUGGGGUAAAUAUAACUAGGAGGGAAAAAAUGGCAGGACGGCGGCACCCAUUUGCCCCUCUUUGAGUCCACGACUGUAUUUAAGUGAUAAAUAAAUACAAUGCAUCUUAGAGCAUCUUUAGUGGUAAUGUGCAUCGACUAAAAAUGCAUUGCCCCACAGUUAAAAUAGACAUUAUGCAUGGUAAGAAAAUCAUCUACAAUGGAACCGUCUAUUUUACUGGCGCUGUUGAGUUGGAACCACAACGAGUACACACUGUGUGAUGCUCCGUCUACUUUCAGCAAGUCUGA